AUGUCUUUCAACAAUACACUUAUUCCGACCUACUUUCGACUGGAAUCAUUCAAUACCUUUGACCAAACACUGUGUGGAAGUUACACGUGCAUUGAUUUGGACACACGUCUCCAAGACUCCAUCAAAGUUUCCUUUAAAGAUUUUGCCAAUGAAACAUUUAACAUUUACGAAGGAGACGAGGUAGUUUUUAUAACAACCUCUUGCAGUUUCGCUGCAACUUUGUCAGAGAUGCAAAGUUCAUGGUUCAUUGGCGAUUCAAAUACAUCAAUCAGUUUGAGGAAUGUUGGAUUCAACAAGACAGACAAUUGUGUCAACGCAACAUGUGAUGGUUCUCCAGGACAAAGGUUUACUGUCGGCUUGAAUUUUACCAAUCAAGAUGAAUACUUUGCAAGUUCAUUCGUCAGAGUAGAAAUUGUCCAUCCUCUUUUUCCAUUUAGACCACUUUCAUGGCGAUCUUCGAAAAAGUAUCCAGUUAAAGAAGCAAAAGGUGGAGACGAUACACAUCCAUCGCGAAUUUCGACUGGAACAAUCGUCGGCAUCACAUUGUUACUGAUGGCCUUCUGUGCAAUAUGUAUGUUGACAUUUGUUUUUCGGAGAAGGAAGAAACGAAAGAACAAAUCAUAUAAGAAUAAAGAAUCUGCAACACCGGAUACUCCGAGCGAGCAGUUGGAUAUAAACAAACCCUCUGUCACAGCUGCUAAUGAACAAGAUUUAUUCUCCUUCAAUGAACAAAGUAAACUAGCAUCAGUUCCUCGUCCAUACCUGAUGUGGAAAAUAAAUGCCAAGACCUGCAAAAGCGUCAUAGAAAAAGAACUAAAAACUGAUGACAACACCGAUUGCUUCAUCUGUAUAAUAUCCUCGAGAGCCAAACCCAACGCCACCGUUAUUACUGAUGGAUAUAAGGAAGAAAGUAUCGGCCAUCUGGCAAGUCUCGACAACAACAUAAUUUCUGAGAAUCUGGUCGGCAAACCGAAGGUUUUGAUAUUCGAUUUGUAUAAGCCGGAUAGUAUAAACAAAGGCAAUACCAAUGAGGAGUCAACUUCGCAAGUAGCAAUUCACAGAGACUGGCUAUUAGUGUUUGUUCGAAAUGCGGGAAAGACGAGUUUCCUAACGCACCUGAGAGAGGAAAUGGUGAAAAUGCAUGACAAGCUCGAUUUUGUUACAAUGCUAGAGCGCGUCAAAGGUAGAAAUGUGAACAUGAAAAUAGUUCAUCGGAUGCCAGGGAAGUUUUUUUUAAACGCUGCAUUGGAUUCGAUGCAGAUAGAACAUAUGUCACAUUACAACAUCAAAGGAUAUGUUCGUUGUAGUUUCUUCGGCAAUGACGUGUUUGACAAACAAACGCAGUUAGAAUCGAUUGAAGUAGACAGAGAAAACGUCUUUAAAAUGAAUGACGAGUUCCUUUUUUCUUCACACGAACUUAAAUCUGAACAUGAAACGAUGAACGUCUUUCGGAAUCAGUUGAACAAUGAAUGUGGUUGCCAUAUAUUCGUGUUUUCGUCGCAUGGCACGCCAGAUGGAAUUAUAACAAAAAACAACGAAAUAGUGCGAUUCACCGAGUUCAUUAAAGAAAUAGCAAAACGUCCGACGAAUAUUCCGGUUGUUCUCGUAUUUGAUUGCUGUCGAUAUGAGGAAAAUCGAGGGGAUGCGAACACCAGAGAACAGCAAUAUGGAGAGCUUGUGAGUGUUGAGGAAAAAGCACUGCAGAUGAGCAACAUCAUAGUUGUGUAUGCAGCUAUUCAUGGUUAUAAAUCGUCAAUGGACAGGCAAAGAGGAUCCUAUUUUAUUCAAGAAAUGUGCAAAGUCUUCAGGAAUCAUCGACUGAACCUCGACUUCUUCUCAAUGAUGGAAUGUGCAAACAAGGCGAUAUGCAACAACACCGAUAUCGUAAGCCAGACGUGCGUGGAAAUAGAGAGUCAGCUGACAAAGAAGCUAUUCCUCUUCCGGACGGUGCCCGAUCAGGAAGCUGGAAAAAGAUAA